CGAGAUAACCACCGAUUGAGGAUUAUUUCUGUUAGGGUUCUAUGCUGCGGGGCUAGCAUGAGACAGAGCCCAGCACGGAUCCAGCGCUCCAUGGACAUACCCUUCCCCAGUGCCCGGGAGGCCAGUCGGCUUCUGUAAAUGAGGUGGCCAUGGAGAGAAGAAGCGGCUGUGGAGUACAUCAGAUCUGCUUUCUGUUUCUCUUACUGUUUUCACUGUAUCCUGUCUGCUGUCGAGCCAGUUGGAUGUAAGUAUAUUUCAUUGCUUGUGAUUAAGCUUAGCUUUUUGUCAAAUUGCACAUUUUUCUUUACGCAUAGAAUGCGAUUACGUUUGGGGAUGAAAGUGGUUUAGAAAGUAACUUAUUGUCUCCGCUGCAUACCUUGUGUUUCAGGUGGUUGGGAAUAACGUCCGUGGGAGUAGCGGAGAAGCUGGGCUGCGCCAAUCUCCCGUUGACGCACAAGCAGAAGGACCUGUGCAAGAGAAAGCCCCAUCUCCUGCCCAGUAUAAAGGACGGCGCGCGCAUCGGCAUCGCGGAGUGCCAGACGCAGUUCAUGCACGAGCGGUGGAACUGUUCGACCACCAAAGAGCUCUCUGUGUUCGGCUACGAGCUAACCAGUGGUAAAGACAGGCGGUUUAAAUACUAGUUUUAAUAGACAUAAAACAAUAGGGUGCUUUGUGCCCUGCUGGCAUAAAUUCGUGUGCACUUUUCUGGCCUAUUGAUAAUGUUCUUUUUGAUUGGGUUUAAUUUGGAAAAUGAGACUAUAUUUUGGGUGCAUCUAUUAUAGUGUUUAUAGUCCAUAUUCCGAUAUGUAUUAUGUGUGCCCACAUAAUUGAGUAUUUCACCGUUUUAGGCAACUGCUGUAUAAAAACAGUUCCUCAAUUGUCUUUCUGUUUGAUAGUGCGCCAGAAAGAGGCAAGUCUUCCAUUUUCCAUAACUCUUUACUCGUGGUCGGUUUGGUUUGAGUCAUGAAAAUGUUUCAUGUUGGCCAGGAAGGGAAGGUGAUUUGAUUUGCUGACUCGAGCAGCUGUAUCCCCUAUGGGGCGCACAUCUGCUUCGGUUUAACCGUCCCAACACACCACUUAUCCACGGUCAAGUGUUGUCUUUGAACAGAGAACCCCUGCUCCCCUCUUGUCCUAAACCAGCCGGGAUUAUCCUAAUUAGGAGAUUCAUGGUCGACAUGUAACAUAAGAACACAGUUUCUUUGUUUUAGAGAUUCCGUUCCAGAAAUCUGUCUCCAUGCAGAUUCCGAAGAUUGUUUAGCUAUCAACAUUUUAUUUUCACAUGAAACUCAUUCUUCCAAAUUCCUCUCUAUCCUUGUUGCACCCUGUCACAUGCCAUCUAUCAACUUUCUUCUCUCAACCCAGACGAAAUAAAUCGGAGAAAAAACGGACCAUAUAGUUUAUGUUGAUUUAGGCCUAUUGCAUGAUACAAUGGGAUGGUAAUACAUGGAUUUAGCCUAUGUCCAGACUCGUACAAUCAACUGUAAAAAUGUAUACCCUGCUCUUUGACCACAUAUGUAUUUUCUUCGUAUUCUAAAAGCGGGAACUUGAUCUAAUCGGACUCGGAGACAAUGUUCAUAUUGAGUUAGGGUGCAGCAAAUUUUCCUUUUUGAUAAAGUUUGACAAUAUAAUGCAGCACGGAUAACCUAAAUAACCGCAAUUGUCAUUUGUUUUAAUAAUCAAACCUUCAAAGUGCCAAACUCAAAUUUGAAGUGGUGAUUUCUUGUUGUUCCAUUUACCCACACAUAAAUUACGCACAAACGUUGUGGAUCAACUUGUGGCUUGGACCUCUGAUUUCCGUUUGAUCCUUGAUUGACAGCAAAGUGUGGAUAGACUAUGCAUGACCUUUAAACACUAUGUCAUUCUUAGGACCUGCACUCUCUGAAUAGUUACACUUGAUGUCGGCAGGUGCCAGUAUGCUUCUGUUCUAUCCAUAAGAUUCUGCAUAUUUUAGAGUUUUGUCUAACAAGCACAUUCCAUAAGCUAUAUACAUUAGUAGGCUACCCCCUUACACAUUCACUUGGGUUUACAUUUUUUCAGCCUUCGUUCAUUACAGGACAUAAUCUAAUGUGUCUGUCCGGUGUUCAGCUUUCCAGAUGGUCUUACCAGUAACUGUGAUACCAGUUUGAUCCAUGCUACACUGUUACCAACAUCAUACUAACAUGUUCUAAGUCUCUCUCUCUCUCUAUCUCUCUCUUUCGCUCUCGUGUUGUAGUAGUGAGCCAGUGCUUGUCUGUCCUCACUGAGGGUCUACUGUGGCCGCUAACCUGUGAAGUGCAACCCAACGCCCCCCUCACACAGGGCAGGACAGUUCCCAUGGGGCUAUGUGUCUGCUGAACUCACAUCUCACUUGUAUCCCUCCAGAGCUAAGGUGUAUUAUACGACUACAGUGGAUGGAAGGUAUAUGGCUAUCUAGGCCUGAGCUACUGAGAUACACAGAAGUUCUAAGGCUAGAAUUGUGCCAUUUUCCUCUGUCUGAAGUGUUAUUGGCUGAAAGGUGUGACAGUGGGAUCUUUUCGGAAUCCACCCAUUGCAAGCUUUAGAGGUACUGUUACACAAUAAUCCAUGCGUACCUUUGCCCUUCUAACAACCUCUUUUCAUUGACUCUGACAGGGACCAAGGAGACAGCGUUUAUCUACGCGGUGAUGGCGGCGGGGCUGGUCCAGGCAGUGACGCGCUCCUGCAGCGCGGGCAACAUGACGGAGUGCGGCUGUGACACAAGCCUGCAGGGCACAGGCUCGCCCAGCGAAGGGUGGCACUGGGGCGGCUGCUCAGACCAUAUCCAGUACGGUACCUGGUUCAGCAGGAAGUUCAUAGAUAAUGCAGUGAAGAAUAUGUCCUCAGCCAGGGGAGGGGAUACACUGCUCACCAUGAACCAGCACAACAGUGAAGCCGGGAGACAGGUGAGACGCAACACACACAGACCCAACACACACAGACCCAACACACACAGACCCAACACACACAUACACUCAUUGAGGGCGAAGAACACUCACAGAGCAUGUAGAACACAUACACACACACACACACACACACACAGUGUACAGAACAAAAACAGCACAAUAAUGAAGUUAGAUUAGACACAAUACACCACAGAACAAAACACACACACACACACAACCGAGAGAGACAGUCUUUUUUUAGUGAACACAGUUGUUGAGGGUACUCUGGAGAGUAUGUAAAAGCUGAAUAGGGCUCAUGGGAGCCAUAACUCUAGUAAUCAAGACUCUAGCAGGUGUAGGGUUCAUUGUGUCUGAACGAAUGGCUGAUAUGACAGUACUAAUCUAGCACCGUGAAAGGAAUCCUAGCUAUUAUAGUUCUGGGUUUGGUUCACCAUAUGGGGUUGGAGAGGAGUGAGGACCAAAUCAUCCAGUGGUUAAUAGAAUUUAUCACACACUGUUAAAAAUACUCUCAGGAGAUGUUCUAGGAAGUGUGUGUGUGUGUGUGUGUGUGUGUGUUAGAGAGAGCGGGAACGAUAUUUAGAGAAAAGCAGAAAGAUUGGAGGAAACAGAAUAGAGGGAAGGGAGAACAAGAAGGUCAGUGUGAGAGGGUGAUGCUCAGACAGGACAGAAGGAGAGAGGGGGAAGAAAGUGUGUGACAUCCUCUCUAAUAUGAGUUAAUGGGUGAGGCGUGACAGCGUGACUAAUGUAUGUUCACAGCCAUUCAAGUAGACACAAGGCCAUCUAAAUUGUAGCAACGGUCAUCAAAAUUGUUAAAAGGUUUUCAAACCAAUUCUAAUAAAUGCAACAGUUGGACAAUGGAUGAAGAUACUCCAAACGUUUUGAAAUUGUAUAAUCCAUCGGAUAUUGACUUAAUUAUAGCACAUUUUGGUGGGAGAUUUAGGUGUAGGCCACUCAGGAACAUUCAAUGUUGUCUUGGUAAGUAACUCCAGUGUAUAUUUGGCCUUGCGUUUUAGGUUAUUGUCCUGCUGAAAGGUGGAUUUGUCUACCAGCGUCUGUUGGAAAGCAAACUGAACCAGGUUUUCCUCUAGGACCUUGCCUGUGCUUAGCUCUAUUCCUUUUCUUUCUAUCCUAAAAAACUCCUUAGUCCUUGCUGAUGAAAAGCAUACCCAUAACAUGAUGCAGCCACCACCAUGCUUGAAAAUAUGAAGAGUGGUACUCAGUGAUGUGUUGUGUUGGAUUUGCCCCAAACAUAAUGCUUUGUAUUCCGGACAAAAAGUUCAUUUCUUUGCCACAUUUUUUGCAGUAUUACUUUAGUGCCUUAUUGCAAACAGGAUGCAUGUUUUGGAGUAUUUUUAGUCUGUACAGGCUUCCUUCUUUUCACUCUGUCAAUUAAGUUAGUAUUGUGGAGUAACUACAAUGUUGUUGAUCCAUCCUCAGUUUUCUCCUAUCACAGCCAUUUAACUCUGUAACUGGUUUAAAAUCACCAUUGGCCUCAUGGUGAAAUCCCUGUGUGGUUUCCUUCCUCUCCGUCAACUGAGUUAGGAAGACGCCUGUAUCUUUGUAGUGACUGGGUGUAUUGAUAUACCAUCCAAAGUGUAAUUCAUAACUUCACCAUGCUCAAAGGGAUAUUCAAUGUGAGCUUUAAUUAUAUAUAUUUUUAUCUACCAAUAGGUGCCCUUCUUUGCAAGGCAUUGGAAAACAUCCCUUGUCUUUGUCGUUGAAUCUGUGCUUGAAAUUAACUGCUUGAUUGAGGGACCUUGCAGAUAAUUGUAUGUGUGGGGCACAGAGAUGGGGUAGUCAUUCAAAAAUGAUGUUGAACACCAUUAUUGUCAAUGCAACUUAUUAUCUGACAUUUUGACUCCCGAAGUUAUUUAGGCUUGCCAUAACAAAGAGGUUGAAUACUUAUUGACUAUUAAUUUGUAAAAUGAUAGGGUAUUGUGUGACAAAAAAAUCUCUAUUUAAUCUAUUUAAAAUUCAGGCUGUAACACAACAAAAUGUGGAAAAAGUUAAGGGGUGUGAAUACUUUCUGAAGGCACUGUAUAAUUUUUUUUAUUCUAUCAGGUAUUUAUUUUAAAUCUAUUUUGUCUUAAAAGAAAGAAAAUUAUAGGUGCCUCAUUUGCAUAAAUACACAGGCUGUGUAUAUAUGAAUAAAUUAACAUAACGGGGUGGAGUAGGGCUGCAACUACCCAACACUUUCUCUGUCUAACCCUGCGCUGUCUAGACUGCCUCAUUAAUUUCUGUGGUUGUUACAUUCUCUUGCAUAAUUACCCUCGGAUAAAAAAGUCAACAAAUUGGCUCUAGAUUACACCUAUCUAAACGUACUUUACAUUGUUUGCGACUGCGAGAUCAGACAUAUCACUAUCAUCCAAGUGUUCAUAUUCGGGAGUUGCUUUCAUUUCAGGGCAUCUACUUUGUAAACAUUUCAACUGUAUUAAAUGAUAACUUUUUUUAAUUACACAAAAAAUGAACACCCAUCAAAAUAAAGUUGUCUUUCUUGUGAUGUACGUGUUGAGACAAUGCGUUAAAUCCCAGACGAAGCUUUAGUGUUCUUAUAAAUUAGAUUAAACGGUAAAACAAUGUAUUCCAUUGAGCCGGGUGUGUUUGACAGGUCAUUACAAACAUUUCCGUGGUCGUAACGCUAACGGAAAAAAAACGUCAGGCACAACCAAGAGUAUGAAGGAGUCGCAGGAGUAAAAUGAAAGCAAUUAAUCCAGCAAGAUUUAAGUGACAAGUGGAUUUUGCAUCCCUCAAACAUAGGAAAUAGAUAUUUGAAAAAUACAGAUCCUCAGGUGGGCGUGGCAUGCCCGUUACACACUUACUGGGUUCCUCUCUGAUCAACUAGCCACUGUCAAGAGGAGAGGGCUUCACCACUGGAGAGGGAUGUGGAUACAAUGGCAGCAGUGUAUCUGUUUACUGUAACACACACUCUUGCUUGUGCAUACUCAUACACACAAAGACAGACAGACACACACACACACAACACACACACACACACACACAAACACACACACACACACACACACACACACACUGCUUUCCAACUAAACUGAACCAACAGGGAAGAGGGGGUGGGAGAAGAGGUGGAAAGGGGUGAAAGUGGUGGGCUCUUCUGGGGUCAUCCAAAGACCACUGUAGAACCCUGGGGUUUGUGGUCAUAGAAAAUGUCUCCUCUAUCUCUCAGUUUAAACUGUGAAGGACAGUGUAACUUUUGUUCCAGGGAGUCUAUUCUGUCAGAGUUAGAAGUAGAAUGCACAAACCUCAGGACUCAUGUUACAGUCCCAGUUACAGUCCAAAAUCCAGCAUUCAGAACAAUAGAUCCAGCAUUCAAAACGUUCCCACAGCGUUUGUGUAAACAAAAGGCAGUCUCUAUCAAACAGAGUUCUGGUAGCUAGUCUGUCGUAACAUUUACAGUGUUUUUUCUGUUGUAAUUCCUAACACCAUCUUCCCCAUCUUUCCCCUUUUCAGGCUGUCGCCAAGACAAUGGCCACCGACUGCCGUUGCCACGGCGUGUCGGGCUCGUGCGCCGUCAAGACAUGCUGGCGCACCAUGGCGUCGUUCGAGCGCGUGGGCAACUUCCUGAAGGAGCGCUAUGAGGGAAGCGUGCAGGUGCUGGACCGCUCCAAUAGGAAGGUGAGGAGGAAGGAGAAGGACCAGCGUCGCGUGCCCAUCGGGAAGGAAGAACUUAUCUUCCUCAACAAGUCUCCUAACUACUGUCUGGAGGACCGGCGCUGGGUCGUGGCGGGCACUAGAGGGCGCCGGUGUAACCGCACCUCGGCCGGCUCCGACGGGUGUAACCUGCUCUGCUGCGGUCGAGGGUAUAAUACACACGUGGUUCGCCACGUAGAGAGGUGCGAGUGUAAGUUUGUGUGGUGUUGUUAUGUGAGGUGUCAGAAGUGUGAGAGCAUGAACGACAUGCACACCUGUAAAUAGGGAGAGGGAGGCAGGUGAUGGCACACACACACACACACACACACACACACACACACACACACACACACACACACACACACACACCGUCCCCAAUGAGAGACUAAAAGACUCCCCCAUCAUUCCUCUCUCCCAUGGACAAGGGGGGCGCAGCAUCAACAACCCUCCAUCUCAACCCUCAGGAAGACAGUAUUUAUACACCGCACCAUCAGAGGUGGACAAAGACAGUGGAAAAUAG